AUGUCUACAGUUAAAGAUUAUGACAGUGAUUCCCAAGCCAACAGCGGAUCCCAACAAACCAGUUCUGGUCCAAAACCCAUGAAGGACAAGCAAACCAAGGUGGAGGGUCGGGGCAGGAAGAUCAAAAUGCCCGCUGCAUGUGCUGCUCAGAUCUCCCAAUUGACGAAAGAUUUGGGCUUCAAGUCCUCAGGUGAAACUGUUGAGUGGCUUCUAGAACGUGAGGAGGAGUCCAUGGUUCAGGGGCCUGGCACUGCAAUUCCGUCUGCUAAUGCUGCUGGUGCCACUUCUGAGGCCCUGGAAGUCCCUGAGAAAAAGAAAGCUGAGGCUGUUGGCCAGGAUGGUGUUCCGAAGACCUCGGGAUUUGCGCCUGGGAAUCCCAAUCCCGUGUUUGUACCAGGGAAAGGAUUUUUUAUGGUGCCUGAAGAUGGAGGCGAGCCACAACAGGUGUGGCCUGUGCCGCUGGCUCUCACUCGUGGCAUUGGCAUGAGGAUGCCGGGUCCGUAUGCGCCGGGGUGGUCAAGCGUUAGCUCUGAUGGAAUGACAUUUGAAUGUCCCGGGAGGAAUGGAGAGUUUUUAGAGUUUUGGGGGUCCUUAAUUUUAUUUUAUAAAGUGUCGUGUGUGUAG